CAGCAUGUAAAUCCAAGAACCGGAAGCGAAUAGGAAAGGGAGCAGAGGACCGUAUGAUAUGAAUGUGUCGGGUGAAGCAGCAUCGCCAUGUUAAAUCAUCAUUAAUAAGAAGAUACGUGUACGAGGGACCGGCACAGACAAACAGACGUCGGACAAUCUUCCUGCUACCCCUGUAAGAAAAUCUGAUCUUGUCUUAUAAGAGAGAGAAUAUGCCUCCAAAGUUUAAACGACACCUUAAUGACGAGGAGGUCACAGGUUCAGUGAAAAGUGAAAGACGGAACCUUUUAGAGGAAGACUCUGAUGAAGUAGAAGACUUCUUCCUGAGGGGACCUUCUGGACCUAAGUUUGGACCAAGGAAUGACAAGAUCAGACAAGUACAGAACCAGGUGGAUGAAGUCAUUGAUGUUAUGCAGGAAAACAUCACCAAAGUAAUAGAAAGGGGGGAACGGUUGGAUGAACUGCAAGACAAGUCAGAAAGUUUAUCUGACAACGCCACAGCGUUCAGCAGCAGAUCAAGACAGCUCAGAAGACAAAUGUGGUGGAGAGAUUGUAAGAUGAAAGUAAUUGUGGCGUUUGUUAUUAUCCUUGUUCUGCUAGUGAUUAUCGUUCCAUUUAUCAUGAAGUUCCGCUCCUAACCAUCAGCUCAAGUACCUUCAUGAGCAAAUAUUCUGGAGAAAAGGUUUCAACCGGUUCCUCUGUACAGAACUGUGUACAUUUUCUGUUGUUUUAACCCCCUUACACCCAAGAGGAGUGCGAUGUAUUGUGUUGUAGUACAUUGCUAAUCACCUGCAAGCAAAAGGCACUCAAUCAGUGAUCCUGACCUAACACAGAGACGUUUGUGUAUGCAAGCAAGGAAAGAUGGAAUCUACCCCAAGCAAAUCUAUUUAUCUGUAUUUUGGUUUGUUUAAAUUGUUUUGCACAAGCAUCAGGUCAGGUGUCAUCCGUUAGAAUGCAAUGUGUAUUUCUGAA